UUUUUUCUCAAUGUCCAGGCCCAAAGCAAGAUGAUCAGACACCGGACAGAUUCGAAGCCAAGCCAAUGCUAAAUGGGCAGACGGAUCAGACCUGCCCACCGAUCCGGGCUUCGAAUAGUUGCCUCCCUGAGAAGAGGAUCGAGUCAAGGUCGUAAGACAAAUUUCAACCCGCUUUGCCUUGUCAUUGCGAAGUCUGGACUGCUCUUUUGGCGAACAGCUCUUAAAGGAGGUGAUGCGGGUUCACCAUCUUUCGACCACCCACGACGACUGAGAAGUGAAGAUGUCGGCCGUCGUUACUUCCGGAGGGGGAGCACCCUCGAGCCAGGCGCCAUCGACAAGGCCACGGAACGUCAAAGUUGAAGCUGGACCGAUCGCUGGUCUUGUCGUCGGCGUCGUCUUUGUUUGCGCCCUCUGUAUCCUUCUGGUUUGCAUGCACAGUAAGAGAAGAAAGAGAAAGCAGGCACAGGCACAGCAAUGGGGAGCCCACCCAUACGACAUCAAGACGAAAUCCCAGGUCUUGCCCCUACAUCUCGACCACUAUUCGUUGGAGAAACAUGCGCAGACUGGUUCGAUGUCAUCUUCUCCGACGCAUUCAUCAUUCGAUACUAGCUAUCACAAACAGGACGAUCUUUCCGUUCCAUCGCCUGCGAUCCUCACCCCGCCAUCCAGACCGUAUCAAAUGCCUCUUGCUGCUGCCCCUGCGAUGGUGCCAUAUUUUGCGCAGAUGCCGGCACACCUCUCACACGCGCACCCUGGUCGCAAUGAGCUUUCAGCUGGGGGACGAGGCAUGGGAGGCGGUCUGGUAGCUCCAGAGAUGCUGCGACAGGUCAGCGACGCUCCAUCGGAUCUGUCAAUGCCGCGGACCGUUUCUCGGCAAGGAAGUUUCGUUAACGACGGCGACGAAGUAGCACCUUCGGGCUUCUUCCUAGAAACGAGGCAGGCAAAUCGUUUGCAGUUGCCGCCCGAUGGCUCGCCUCGGACAAGCGAUGGAGGGCAUGGAUGGUGGGACACGAGCAUCAUCGACUUGCGGCUAGAGAUCGAUGAAGGCGACGAACCACGGCGUUCUGACGAUGGUCGCGCAUUAUCGCCCUUCCGCCCUCAGAUCCCCAUUGUCAAGACGACGCCUCCUUCUCUGCUGCUUCUCACACCUCCCAACCCGCCGUGGCCACACACUCCCAAUCUGCCGUACACUCCCUCUGCACACAACACACCCAUCGUGACGCCUGGCAGACGGGUCAGAUCGCCGUCCAUGGAAUCGCUGCAGCAGCGAGAAUUUCGCAAUGCGUUCCACCUCGUCACGGCCAACGGAACUUGCGUGCCCAUGACAUCGGUUCCGAGCCCCAGCGUUGAGCUCAGAAGAACACCUUUCUUUUGACGAGAGCCGGACUCCACUGUAUUUUUAGCUCCUUCUCACACCCUCUGUGUAUAUCUGUAUAAUGGCACAAGAC